GCCACUUUGUCAUCAGGACGAUCCUGGUAUUCACUGUAUAGAUUUAAUAGCCUGGCUUAGACGUAGCAGAUUAACUUGUGUUUUCACAACUCUGUCUGCCAGGUAGAAUCUAAAAGAGAUCGAUCUAACGUCAUUCGUUGCGAAAUAUCCGGUUUUAAUCAUGAUAAACGAGACAGAUGACAGUGCAAGCAAGAUGGCGCGUCGAGCAGACGAUACCGGAGAUAGCAAAACCGCUGUUCUGAUGUCAACGUUAUUAGAAGAUGCUAUACAGGAUAAGGAUGGUAAAGCUUUACCAACUCUGGAUGAAUGCAUACAGCAUGUGGUUUGUACAAACGGGCCACGACUAAAGACGGUUAAUGCCCUCAAAUAUAAAAUGGCGGCUUCCUUUACGAAUCAGCUGGUGGAGAGAGUAAUGGCGUCUUGUCCCUCUUGGAGGCGUUACGUAGCAACGCCUAACAGAUAUGAAAAGACGGCAGUGCUGUUUCAGGAAGACUUUGGCUCCUUCGUCUGUCAUGUACACCUCAGGAGACCAACACGACUCUCUCCAUUUGUAUUUGAAGGCAGUCGUCUGCCGUCGAUUUAUGGAAAGGUCAAGGUCAGUGCCCGCGACAGCAAAGAACAGCAGAUGUCUGUGCUCCAGGAAUGGCGGGAUUGCGUGGACAAGGAGGGGUAUCUCAGAUCGGACUGUGUCUUGAAGUGGUUCAAUAAAGGUUUGGUGAGGGCUGUUAAGGACAUGGCGUCGUCAGGCAGCUGGAAUCACCUGGAGGUUCAGCACCUCGUCACCGCCGCUGGUGUCAUCAUCAUGUGUGUCACAGCAACUCCAUCACAAGACAAGCCACAAGAUGGUUCCACCCAGCUAUCUCCUGUCUGCUUCAACAUUAAGUUCGUCCCAUGCUUAGACUGGGUGAAAGUCCCGCCAGGACACAUAACCCUCCCAACAUCACCGUGCCACCCUUUUCCCCGACUGAAGACGAACCUACAGGAGAUGAUUAAAAAAGUUGGUAAGAGAGACAGAUGUGCCCUGGUUCUGGAGGCGAUCAAACUCGCCGAAUCCGAUGAAGCAUCUCAUUGGAGGAUGAGUUCAGUCAAAUAUGACAGAGAGAUUCUGAAACUAAUAAACGAAAAUUCAUUCCCUUGUUACGCUAAAGAUUUACUGGUUCUGGUAGAGAGCUUCGUCCAGAACAGCUCUGUUCCCUUGUCUGCCCUGACCAAGCAGGUGCUCCUUCAGAGCCUCCUCAACUCAAUGCCUAGGUUCCAGCAAGAGGGGUGUCCACGGGAUGCGUUACUUCUCGACAUACUUGACAAUAUGGCCAAAUGCUUCUCUGGCAGGUACUUGCGGACGUUUCUCAUUCCGUCUGUGAACAUUUUGAAAGAUGUAGAAACCUAUGAGGUGGAGAGGACGGCGAAAGGUUUAGGGAAGCUUCUGGGAGACCUGAAACGAAAGCCUGAGCUGCUUCUGGUUCAUGCUGGACUGUGUACACGGUUGGAGGCGAUGACUGGUGGGAAGGACGUCCUAAGUAGGAAGGCAACUGGUCGGCGGUGAGAUCCACAGGUCAUCGAGAAGGUUAUUUCAUGAUAAAUAAUACAUACCUCCUUCGUCGAUGGAAGUUCAACAUUGUUUAUGGAAGUGCCCUGUUUUGUUCCGGGGCUGUGGGGUAGACUAGAGGUUAAAGCGUUCGCUCGUCACGCCGAAGACCCGGUUUGAUUAGCCACAAUGUGUGAACCCAUUUCUGGUGUCCCACGACGUGAUAUUGCUGGAAUAUUGUUAAAGGCGGCGUAAAACCACACUCGCUCUCUCAUUGUGUCUUUCUAUCCAUUUCCUGAUGGGGCGUUUGGUAAGUCUAAAGGUCAAAGCCUUUGCUCGUCAAACUCCAGACCGAGGUUCGGUUCCCGCAUGGAUAUAAUGUGUAAAUCCAAUUCGAGACAUCACUUGCAAUGCUAAGGUUGACAUGCUGGUAAAGUGACUCUACUGACGCACUAAGAACACCAAUGGCUUUACAUUAUUGUAUUAUCUACCGAUUCAUGAAUACAAUUUACAGAAACAGACCCAAAGGGACUCUUGGCCAAACACUUUAGUGCGCUAUCCAUUUGAUACAGAAAUCAGUUGAACGGUUACGAUGUGGACAUUCUAGAGACAUCAUAGAGGGAUACAAGUAGUGAGUGAGUAUGGUUUUACGCCGCUUUCGGUAAUAUUCCAGCAAUAUCACGAAGGGGGACAGGCUUCACACAUUGUACCCAUGUGUGGAAUCGUACCCGGGUAUUGAGCGUUACGAGCGAACGCUUUAACCACUAGGUCACCCCACCGCCCCCAUUUUAUAAGUAACCAGUUGGACUGCUCCAGACUCUAUCAUGAGCACAUUAGAUGAGCCAAUUUGAUCCAGUCCAAUACAGGUAGAAAAUCCUUUUUAGAUGACGCCUUGAACAAAGUAUAGUUGUUUUGGUAGCCACGGGUCCCCAAAGAAUAGUCUCUUCUGUCAAUCAAGCGCCUCAAGCAAGACGUUUCACAAGACACUUUCGUCUCGACGUAAAUAUGACCAGUGUGUGAUUGACGCCUCUGUUCUGAUCAUUAAAAGAAAUACACUUAUUCCCAGGAUCACAAAAUAUGAAGAAAACUCCAGCCAGAACCUAUUUCGACUGGAACGAUGAGGUGUUCGCGGUUAUGG